CAACAACAGCAGGCAGCACAACAACGGCAAAUAAAGAACUUCCAGUUCCACGAGUACAAGGGCCCACCGACUAACAAGAGCACCUGCAGUCCACCACAGUCUGUGUCUCCUGCGAUAACAGUAACAACUGCUGCAUCGACAGCCGUGGUGCCAGCAUCACCAACAUUGUCGACAGACGCGACAACGCCACACGACAUUCUACUCCAACGGCAGCAACUAUUCCUUCAAUGGCAACUAGAGUUGCAGAACAAUUAUUCGAAGAUUGCACUCCCACCGUCCGACCCGCAAAGUGAGCAAGUGAUGACGGGCAAUGACAGCCUAACAGUAACCACACCAACCUCCACACAGACGACAGUCUGCGUGAGUUCAACCUGCAACUCCAUAUCUACUUGUACUAUGACGUCUAAUGACAGUACGCCUUCUAGUGACAUAAUGACAUCCAGUAUCAUUGCUAGCCCUAAGCAAAAGGAGCAGCUGCCAUUGAGUCCUCCUCGUGACCUCACAAAGGUCAAGUUAGAUGACCUCAAGGUCUCUGACCUUCGUGCAGAAUUGAAGAAGCGAAAUCUGCCUGUUUCUGGGCCCAAGCCUCAGCUAAUUGAGAGGCUAAAACCACACUGCGAACUCAUCACAAUUAUUAAGACGCCAAAGACUUUCACGAAAUGCUCUGCCAGCAGCGUGAAGACAAGUUCCGCAGGUAAAGAAGCAGUGGGAAUUGUCACGCUGGAGUCAACUACCAGGUCGCUACAAGUUGCCACAGCAACCAAUGCUGUUGGAAUCAAUGGAUGCUCUCCUGGUAGUAACAGAUCACUAUCAUCAGAUGAUACUGACCUGACUUCUCUUAGCUCCUCGAUGUCAUCAGGAGGCCGACUAUCGAUAAUGCCCGUGUCACCAGACAGCUCUGCAAUGGACGUCACCAUGUCUCCGAAUCAAGUUUUGCAUUACUCGGGCGUUAUGGUUAAUGGCACCCGUAUGAGCCCCACAAGUUCGCAGCAGUCUGUUGGUCCUGCUCAUCCAAUAUGCCCAUCGCCAGUAAUGUUGGGGCCGCUUAGCGUCAGCAGUGCCACGCUGACAGGGAUGAUGUCUCCUGCAUCAUAUACCGGUAGCAUCAUGUCACCCGUGAGAGUAUGCACUGGCUCCAUCAGUAUCGCCAGCCCUCAUUCUGGAAGCAUACCUAGUGUCCAGAGUGUGAACCCACCUAGUGUCCAGAGUGUGAGCCCACCUAGUGUCCACAGUGUGAGCCCACUUAGUGUCCAGAGUGUGAACCCACCUAGUGUCCAGAGUGUGAACCCACCUAGUGUCCAAGGUAUGAACCCACCUAGCGUCCAGAGUGUGAGCCCGCCUAGCAUCCAAAAUAUGAACCCCCCUAGUAUCCAGAGCUCGACCAACAUCCAGAGCAUCAGCACCCCCAAUAUGCAGAAUAUGGGACUGUCGAGCCUCACAACUGUAAGCAUGUCUAGCCUACAAAACACGAGCUUGCCAAAUGUAGAGACCAUAGCCCUAUCCAGCAACCAAACUCUGACCAGCAUGCAGGCUGUAACGACGCAUCCCUCAACUGUGGCAAUGGGCCACGUCGACUCAACCACGAGCACUGAGAAAAUGGAUGUCGGAGAAGAGACGAUGUCAGUGAAACUUGAGAAUUGCGUUCAAAAGACUCAGCAGCAGCACCAUAGAUCCCUGAACAUGAAGCAGGUGCUCAUGAACGAGGAUUUACUACGACAGCAGCAAACAAAAAUCGAGGAGCUGGAGCGAGAACUAAAGAAGUCACAGAUGGCCCUCAAACAGCAGCAGUUAGUUGUGCUGAAGCAGCAGCAGAUGGGACUUCAGGGAAGCAUCAACCCAAUGGAUACAAAGAUGCUGAAGAACCUGCAAUUGAAGCAACACAUUCUCAAUCAGCAGCAUCAGAAGUUGCAGACAGCUGUUCAAAAACAACAACAGGCGCUCACGAGCCUCACCAAUGCAACACUAGAAGGUGCUGCCAAUCGCAGCAUCGCCAUGACGACAACCCCUGCAUCUUCCAUGGGAACAAUUACUUCUACGAAGAAGCUGCUGACGUCUUGGCCAACAGGCACGACGACGAAAACAAGCAGGCCAUCAGCGCUCACAACCGCAACAGCCAGCAUUGGUGCAACUACCAGUACAACAUCUAACAGCUUAAUAAAUAGAGUUACGAAACACAGGACCAUGCCGAUGCCGGUCAGUCAGCUGCAGGUGGCGCUGUCGGCAGCAACGGUGGCCAUUAAUGCUACCAGCAGCAGCAGCCAGGUGAUGACGAGUUCAAGCAGCGAUGUCAGCGUCGGUGGCCUCGGUACGACACUGCCACCUGUCAGUUUCAUCAUCAACCUGCACAAGCCGCCACCUGACUAUGAUGAGGCAACAAAACAACUGAAGCAGCACAAACAGCAACCGCAGCAGGUUUCUCCACUGCCAGGAACCCUGGCGCAGUUCAACCAGACUCUGCAGUUGCAGUCUGACCACCACCACCAGCAGCAGCAACAACAGCAACAAGAGCAGCAACAGCAGCAUCAGCAACAACAACAACAACAACAAGAGCAGCAACUACAACAAGAGCAGCAGCAGCAGGCAUCACUGACAAGCGGGCCACCGUCAGCCACAGCUACACGGAUGCUGCCAAGUUUGGCUGCCGCUCUUAGCUUACCAGCUGUGUUAAGUGCAUCCACCAAAAGCCAAGCCAUCGAUGACGUUUUGGAGAUACUCAUAAAAAACGGAGAGCUUCCAGAGAGCGCCGCCCAGGAACCACCGCCAACGCCUAAGACUACGGAGGCAUUCAUCAGUGCGGCAAACACGGUCGCCCACUCGUUCACGCCAUCAGCCCUGCAGCAGCCGCUCAUGCCUGUCACGUCGGUUGCUGAUACAGAAGGUGGUGCCAGUGGCGACAGCAGCCACCACCGCAACAUCCUGUCAGACUUCAACCUUAACCUGGAGUUUCCCGUGGACGAGGAGUACAUCGACUUCAACUUGCUAGAGCGCCACAUUGCCAACCUGCAGACGAGCGAUAUCAAGCAGGAAUCAAACGUCGAGCCCAUGAAGGUAAAUGCCGAGGUUUGCUCGUCGCAUGUAGGCGGCACUUUCGAUGCUGUCAUGGGCACUGAUGCCUCUUUGGAACAAGAUAGAGAGGUGACGCUGCAGCUGGUAAAGUCCGAGUUUCCAUUCCUUGAUGGCUGCCAGGGCAUGGCUGUCGACUGCAAUCCUACCUGGAUAGAUACCGCAAACUACUUUACCGACAACAUGGUGAAAAAUGGACCCCAGAUAGCGCCAGCGAGCUGCUCCUCUAUGAUACCCAUCUGUGGCACAUUCACCACGAAUACGUUUGGCAGCAGCUGCAGCAAUUCCCCUUUCACGAGCGUAACAGUGAACAUGGCAGCGCAGGGACCUGAAGGACAUUUCACCAGGAAGGAGGUGGCAGCACCAGCGACGGGGCCGAGAAAGGUCGACUUUCAUCUCGAGGUUAGUGACAUCAGUGACGCUGAGCCAGACGCCGACGAGCACAUGGACCUGUGUGACUGGCUUGAUGUGAUCAUGCCUAGCACGGGAACCGCACCACUUAGCAACAAUGCUCCCGUCACUUUGGGUGCAGACGUCGAUGCCUACAUGGUGAACAACACGAGUCCGGCAAGUACAUUGCACGACGAAGCUGCACAGAUGGAGCUGACGCAGACGACACUCAACGCUGAUUUUGCUGAAUUGCUUGACUUUGAUGAUAUGGACUUCACGCAGCAGUCGACACAUGAUGUCGGGGGCUGGGACAAGAUCGAUGUUACGAUGACAUAGACUCGGGUCAGGUCUAAAUACUCAUGUGUGUGGUCUUCGACUGGACUUUGGCUGGUAGUUGUGAGUACUUACUUUUCCUAAGUUUCCGAAAGUAUGGCCACAGAGGAGGACCUACUUUCACCACCCAUCAGGGAGCAAUUACGGUCGUGCAGGCGCCGUGUGAAGGGAGGAAGGAGCCUCCAUUGUGGCAUCGUCGGCGUUGACUGUGAGCUGCAUGAUCCUCCUCAUCAUCUUGAAUAGCCGUGAGGUAGACAGAUUAGAACAAAUAACGGACCAUCGAUCAGGGAUCGGAGGAGACGCCAUAUCUAGAUUGGCUAUUGGUGGCUGCAUGAAGUGUAAAGCGUGACUGGUCAUAUACACAUGAUAAUGAUGAUGAUGAUGAUGAUGAUGAUGAUGAUGAUGAUGAUGAUGAUGAUGAUGAUGAUGAUGGUGAUGAUUCAGCAGUCCUCUCUUACAAUGGCACAGUCUAAAAAAAUCACAGGACGCGAACUAAACUAAGAGCGCAUACACAUAUACUGUGCUGGUAUGCUACAUGCUAACUAAUCAAGCAUUGAUUAACAAGUGACCAAGAUAUAAUCUACUGUCUAGUGUUUUUUAUAGUUAGCUCGGUGUGGACUCGCUACGCAUGCAGUAAAUAAGUAUUCUAUAGUAUUAGUAGAAUACAUCGGGGGGAUCGGGCGAAUGGGCAAAUGGGCGCAGUGCGUUCCAAAUCUUACGUUUGCCAAAUUGACGUGGUGCCAAACAUGAAGUCGUCUAUGUGGACAUGGAAUUCCAGUGUACAUAGUAGUAUGUGAUCGGCGGGAUGGCAACAUCUCCCCCGUCAGAAAUGAGCGAAGUUUCGCGAGGAAAAACUAGAGGGAAAGCUUGUGUAAAUAGCGUUUGUUUUGCUUGAAAUAUCGGGUGCUAGAUGGAACUAUUCGCCCAUGUUUUUUUCUGACACACACCGGCACGCACGCACGCACACACGUAGUUUGCUAGCUAACUCGUUAGUCUCUUCUUGGAUUGUAGAGUAAAGAGUAAUAUAUAGACGUAGGUUUUCGAAGGGUUGUUUUACGUUGUGCUUUUUUAUGCGCCCGUGUGGCUAGGGCACGGUGUUAUAGCGAGUGUGCGUGUGUAAAAAUGUGUAUGUGUGCGCGUGCAGGUGUGUGGGCACGUGUGUAUCUGCGCGCGCGUGUGUGUGCGUGCGUGUGCUCGGGUAUGUUCCAACGUGCUGCUUGAGAUUGUUUUUCCUUUAAAUAUUCAUUCCGUUUUAGAAAAAAAAGAAAGAAAAAUGAUUUUCUUGCUUGUAUGUGUACGUUUAAUGAAUAAUAUUACUAAUAAUUUAGUAACUAUUAACAGAGUGUCAUCACAUAGUUCAGUAACGAAAAAUGAAAAUAGAUAAAGAUUGGUGUUGUAUCGGUGGCACAGACCAGUUAUCUCCUAAAAUGAACAAGGAGAUAGCCACCAUCAGUCUUCCGUAACACAGGUCGGUUUACCAAUGGAGAUAUAGCGAGGAGGACAUUUAGAUCCUAGUGGAAAUAUGCGGUCGUGUUUAGAAGUAGCACCCGUACCAAUUAGGUUGGUCUGGCCCGGAAUAGUAGGUAAUAAAAGCAGGACAAAUAAGGUGGGUAGGUAAACCCUCGUUAGAACUAUGCGAGAGACAAUAGCGGAGAUUGUGGCCAUAAAACGCCUACAGGCUGUUCAAUUAUCAGGUUAGAGUGAUAUCAACGCGAAUGUAAGGGUACCAGGCGUGGCUUGCAUUGGUUAAGACAUAACUUGAGGCCGAAAGGCAUAAUUGCUACAGGUACCGGUACUCAACAGAAGCAGGACUAGUACGCUGUGGGGCGAAAGAGUUGAGCGUAUUUGAUGAAUGCGUGCGUGGGCGCGCUUAUAAAUGUUUACGGGAAUAUGAAGCUAUUAUGUAAAGAAAUGAUCGGAAGCUGUACGGUUUCGUUUGUUUCCUUCAUAAGAAAAUAACAGGUGGCUAUAUAGCCGAAUCGCAUCAUCGGUAGGCUGUGCAAAAUAUGUAGUUAUGGCGGCCAUUCCUUCUUGGCAGAGGGCAAACGAUGGCUACGUGCGGUCAUAAAAGCGUACUCGCGAAAACUGCGUGUGCGUGCGUGUUUAGCGUGUUCGAGUGUUUAUUGUGCAAUGUAGCCAAUUAUGCAAGGGGUCCACUGGCAUUUUGUGUUUUUGUCGUGUUGCAAAUUUUUUAUGCGUGGUGCCAACCGGAUGAGAAAGCACUGGUUAGCCGUAAUUGCCUCGGCGCCGUAGACGCGAGAUCCAGAUGGAGUUGCGAAGCCUUUAUUAGCGGAACAGGGCAAACUAAAUUCGUAAUACGUAGCGUCUGAGUCCGCAGAGGCAGCUUUCUUACCCGUGCUGAGCUACGCUUUGUUCUAUUAUGGCAGUAUUUUAUUUAUUACCGAGCAUAAUUCUAAUUUAUUUCCGCCCAUCAUCGGUUAGCAAUAUAAUUUUAAUUUAUUUUGGGCCAAUAUUCAGAUAGGAGUAACUUGUCACCAUUAGCGCGCUGUGCGUCACGGGUCAUGCGGUGGAAGCAUCUGGUGAUUAAGACACAUGGUUCCAUGUAAUAUAUGCAACCUGGGUUUGAUUACGGGCGUAAAUGUUCUCAAGUUAGAAGCGCAGCGAUGAUAGCAAACUACGAUUUCUGCUUACGAUUUGUUUUGUUUAUUUAUUAUUUAUUUGUUGACACUUUAUUGCCAUAACGUUAUGCAAGUUUGUGUGUAUAUGUUUUGAAGUUUCACAUUCCAUCUAAUUUUCAAGUGGCUGUUUUCAAAAGCACAUCCCGCGCAUUAGGGGAAGCUUGUGGUAUAGAUACGUGGGAUUAUCAUGUGAUGUUGCUAAAAAUGUAUAGAUCUAAAGUAUUUAACGCGAAAUAACUAGACCACGAUAGUAGCACAAUCAUGCCGUGGGAAGGUUUUACCGUUCACAUUGCACAUGUACGUGAGAUCGAGGGCCCAUGCAGGCGUUAGUUUCACGGUAUCGUUGGGUUUACAAGUACGUGAAGUUGGCUUCCCCUAGUGAGGUGGAUGAUUAUGUAUAUACAUAAGCUUUCAGCCCAGCUUGCCGCUUUUUCAGCAUAUAGCUACAAUGAGGAACUCGGAGGAAUGAGGUUGUGUGUAUGGGUGUGUUAAUUCUGUCUAUUUGUGCAAUCGGAUUGCAUCAUGCUGUCAUCACUUUAAUAGGCUAUUAAACGACCUUUCCUAUGCGCCUUUGUUUGGCUACGGUAGCGCCAUUUAUUUGCACCAAGUUCACGGACCAUCUGACAGUCAAAACGAAACGAGGCCAUCGUACCGAUUACCGUUCCCUAGCAGAAUUUUCACCCCAACACAUAACGCUUGAACCUCCUAGCCGGACCAAAUUCGUCCUUACAUGUGUCAGAACGAGAUGAUGGAUAGAGAUUGUGUAAAGGAUAUGAGCGGGGAAAUGGAAGAGUGGUGCGACGGCGAGGGAUGAGAGGGCACUGGGUACUAGGAGACUAACUAUAUGCAGAUGCGAUGGCUGCUCGGUUCGAUAACAAGGUGUGAACAGUAUUUUAAUAGUGGACCACAUUCGCGUCAACGUAUCUAGUAUAAUUCAGUGCGGCAGAAGGCGAACGAAGUCAGUUAUUUCUGCCAACCCAGUCGGCGACGAGACAGUCUCGCAGAGUGACUUGGCAACAACUGCCACAAGUGUAGAGUUUGUUUAUAGGUUUUGGCGCGUAGAUUCGGUGACACUUGGUCCCUUAUUUAUAACACUGACAGCGUGAGUGCAUUGCUCGCUGGUGUAAUAAAAACGUUUUAACAAAAUAA